CCUGUGUGUACACCACCAGUUCCCAGCUUGGCCACAUGCGGAUGACGUCAGUGAUUGGAUAUGUGAAGGUAGAGUCACAGUACGCCACCAUUCCAGAGCAAGUUAGUUGAGGACCGAAGCACACUUUUUUCCAGUCAGCCCGCGCUCGCAAAGAACAGAGGCACCUGGUGAUGAUGCAACGACGAAGGCCAGCCCACCAAAUGAUCGACGGAGUUCCGAGAUGCAUUAACCUCAGUCCACGUGCGCUAAGAGAAAAUCUCAAGUUCAGGGCGCAGAAGCGAGACGUCGUGCAAAUAACAUUCCCUAAGAGUGGAACCCAUUGGUUGAUGUACAUCACGCACCUCAUACUCAGGGAGGGACAUCCCAUCACCUCGUACGAGGAGUUCUCCAAAGAAUGGCGCUUCCUGGAGUACAUGGACAUCAAGGACUGGACCUCGUCUCUACCGCUGAGAACCUUCGCUACACACCUGCCGUUGGACAAGCGUACAAUGACCGGAGAAGGCAAGUACGUCUACUUCGCCCGCAAUCCAUGGGAUGUCUGCGUCUCCUUUUACAACAUGAUGACCAACAUUAGCUCCUUCGAAUUCCAAGACGGAACAUUUGAAGACCUAGUCGACACUUUUGUAAGUGGCAACUUUGGCUACGGCGACUACUUCGAACACGUAGGCGCGGGAUAUGCUCUUAGGGAAGAGCCGAACGUGUUCUUUGCGACUUACGAGGAACUCAAGAAGAACACGCGCGAGGUCGUGCUCAGGCUUGCGUAUUUCCUGGGAGAGCAGUAUGGCCUGGCUUUGGAAGAGGACGAAGCAUCGCUCCAAAAAUUGCUGGAAAGAUCACAACCCGAUUCUAUGCGUAGCGCAGUGGUGUUUGACUUGAGCGGUAAAAGUAUGCCCCAGUGGCAAGAGGCGCUCUCGCGGAAGAAAGUCACCUGCAACGAAGGUUAUGAAGGAGACGAGAACAAGUACUCGUUCGUGAGGAGUGGCAAAGUAGGAGGCUGGAAGGAUUACUUCACACCCGAUCUGCUCCAGAUGAUGGAGAAUCGGAUUCUGGAGGCUGAGAAGGAGUCCUCCUUCAUGGACCUAUGGAAGGACAUUCGAGCUGAAGCGAUCAGAACCAUGCAGAAUUCCGAAUAAAUUGUUCUACUCGCAUUCUGCCGCGCGGAGCAUGGUUUUGUGUUUGAGUGCUCUCGCAUGGCAGAAUUAUUUUGCUAAAAGGGGCAACCAGCUCUUCAAAUUUAUGGAUUUAAUAAAUUUUAUAUUGGACGAUC